GUACGAAUUCAACGCAGACGAGGACUCUCGGAAUCAGCUCAAUUGUUUUUGUUUGGCUGUCUUUUCUGCCCCCUCUUUCAUCCCUUUUCCUUUCACUACAACGACGAGACGCUCUGUGGUUGUGAGAGAACCGCCCCCCUCCCCCUCCAAUAAAAAAAAACCCGUUGUUUGCUUGCUUCCUUCUUUGCCCUAUUACCAUCGUAUUCGAUUGCUAUUCGUAUUCUUUGCUUUUGCUUUUGCCCACUCUCCCAAUCGCUCUGCACAGAUGGACUGCGUUGAGCUGCAGGAGAACUUCGAGGCGUUUGCCUCCUUCGGCACGGCGCCGUCGAAGGAGAUGGACAACGCGCACUUCUCGAAGAUGCUGAAGGAGUGCAAGAUCAUCGGCAAGGUGUUCACCUCCACCGAUGCGGACCUCCUCUUCAGCAAGGUGAAGGCGAAGGAGGCUCGAAAGAUUACCUUCACCGACUUCCGGGACAAGGCCAUCCCUGCGAUUGCGGCGAAGAUGAAGAAGACGAACGAGGAAAUUGCUGAGAUGAUCGCAAACGGCGCCCCGAAGGCGCACGGCACGAAGACAGAGGCGGUGCGGUUCUUCGACGACAAAAACAGCUACACCGGCGUGGCGAAGCAGGGUGGGCCGACAAACGUGGACCGCAACGCCGGCUCCCUGGCCGGUGUGGUGGAUCGCCGCCAAGCCACCAUGGACAACCGUGGCACCACCGCGAAGCAGAUUUGA